GUUUGUUUUCAUCUAUAUUGAGUAAGUGUUUUUGUUAUAAUAUAUAAAAUGAUAUUAUAUAUGUUGGCUAGAGGUUUUUUUAUUACUCAAUUUUUCAUUUUGCUUAAGUUUGAAGAUUCCAUAUCUACAUUCCACCCCUCUCCCCCUCCCACAAUAAAACAAUUAUAAUUGAUCAAAUAACAUGGAUUUCAAUUAAGAAUAAAAUUUUAACGGUCAUUCAUUUUUGUUAUUUCUUAAAUACCAUUUUCACGUUAUUUCUUAAAUACCCAUAAGAUAUAUUUUUAAUCAAAUAACAUAAAUUUAUUUAAUUAAGAUUAAGAAUAUGUCGGUCAUUAGUUUUCUUUAUUUCCUUAAAUGAUUUUCCUUUCCAUAAGAUUUGAAAAAGCUUCUACAAUACAAAAUCUUUUUUUUUCCCUUUCCGAAUAUCAAAGAUUCCUAUCCUAUAUAAUCCCAUUUUUUUUUCUGAAACACAUAUAAUCCAAUUACAUUACAUAAUAUAACCAUAAGAAAUAAUUUUAAUCAAAUAACAGAAAUUUUAUUUUAUUUUAUUUUAUCGUUUAAUGUCUAUUUCAGAGUGAUGUUGAAUAAUCUAAUUAGAUAUACUUAAUGAGGUCAUCUGUCUUUUAAUUUCUAUUUCAAAGUGAUUCAUAAAAUUUAUGUAAAUUAACUCAUCAAAGUGAAAACCAGUUUUAACUUCUUCUUUUUUUUGUAACACUAAAAAACAGCUUUAACAAAAAGAAAAAAACUAACCAAACUAUUUGAUGUAUGAUCACAUCAUCACACAUACACACACACUAAAUCGUUAUACAGAGUUAAACAACGCAUAAUGAACUGGAACAAACAUAUAUUACUAUAUACAUUGUCUAAAAUUGUACAUUUUGUUGCAAAUGGUUACUCUCUCUCUAUCUCAUUGUAUUGUGAUUAGUUUGCCAAGUUGGAAAAAUGGUAGAAGAGAGACAAUAACAGAAUUACUAAAAUUUUAGAGGCUACAAAAAGACAAGUCCAAACAUAUUCACACACUUAAAAAGCUUUUCUCGUACAUUUUUGCUAUAUAUGUGGUGGUGUCUCUCUUUGACUCCUCUCUUUCUAUAUCACUCACUAUUUAUGUAUCCAUCUCUCCACACAUCUCUCUCCAUCUCACACACAUCUUCCUCUUAACACAUUAAUAUAAUACAUCAGUUUAACAUCUUCAUAACCAACAACACAACUCCUCUUCUCUUUUCUUGAACAUCAGAAUAAUGGAAGCAUUUGAAGAGGCGAUAGCGGCCUCAAAAGAGCAAGCAUUGAUCCUUAAAGGGAAGCGUACAAAGCGACAACGUCCACAGUCUCCUAUUCCUUUCUCUGUAUCCCCUCCUAUAGUUGAAGAAGAAGUAUCCAACGUUCUUGAUUCCAAGGAAAAUGAUGUAGCAAACCGCAAAAAAGAUGGUGUGAUCACGUCUUCAUCUUCAUCAGCCUCUUGGUCCUCUAACAACAACCCAACAUUGAAGGCCGAAGAAGACGAGGAAGAUCAAGACAUAGCCAAUUGUUUGAUACUCCUUUCCCAGGGACACUCUUUCCCUCAACACAACCAACAGCUCAAGAUACCUCACCAAGAAAUAAACAAUAAUAACACGUAUAGAUUUAGCAGCAGGAGGUUUCUAGAGACUUCUUCAUCAAACGGUGGUGGCAAAUCAGGUUACUACGUUUAUCAGUGCAAAACAUGUGACCGGACCUUCCCUUCUUUUCAGGCUCUAGGCGGCCAUAGAGCUAGCCAUAAGAAACCUAGAGCCACCUCUUUUUACUCCAACCUUGACGUAAAGAAGAGUAUCUACGAAAACGACGCCGCUUCACUCACAAAUAUUUACAAUAACAAGAACAAUAACAAUAGGUCGCUUGUUGCUUACGGAAAGGCAGGUAACAAUAAAGUUCAUGAAUGUGGAAUAUGUGGAGCCGAGUUUACGUCAGGACAAGCCUUAGGUGGCCACAUGAGACGGCAUAGAGGUGCGGUGGUUGUGGCUGCGGCACCAGCUCCCAUCGUGACGGUGGCCGCGGCUGCGGCCAACACGGAGUUAUCAUUGUCUUCCAUGUCGUAUGAUCAAAUAUCCGAGGGUCAAGAUCAUCUGGUGAUGCCAGAGGCAAAGAAAGCUAAGAAGAUGGUCGUGUCACUGGAUUUGGAUCUGAAUCUACCCGCACCGGAAGAUGAGAAUCGGGUCAACGGGUUGAGCUUGACUUUGAAGCAAAAACACGAACAAGAACAAGAACAUCAACAGACAAAACAAAGAGAAGAACAAGUGUCUCUUGUCUUGUCUGCUCCUACUUUGGUGGAUUGCUAUUACUGAUUUAUCAUGAUACUCCACAAUCUAAGAACAUAUUAUUUUCUUUUUUGACUUACUAGGAAAGUGAUAAUUUAUUAUAUAUCUAACGUUUUUUUUGUAACCGAUUCUUUGCUUCUUUAAAUACUUGCGAGAUUCUUUCUUCUGUC